AUGCCACUCGAGGCACGGCUGCACGAUGUUGUCGGCUGCGCCCGCCGUCGAGACCAGCGGGGCCGUCGCGGGUAUGCUACCGCUGAAAGGACCCGGACCGUCGUUCCCCGCCGGGAGCGAGACGUAAACACCCGUGGCGGCGAUCCGAGUGGCGGCGAGCGACCAAGGUUCCUCGGGGAAGGCGCCCGAGCCUCCAUAGGAGCAGGUGAUGAUAUCCGCUCCCCGCUUGGCAGCCUCGGUGAAUCCUGCAAUCAGGUCGUCGGUGGUUGCGCCGGACGUGGCGCACUUUUGUAUGCGGUACAGCUCGUAGGUGGCGUCAGGAGCCACACCGCUGACGUUGUACAUGUUGUCGGCGCUUUUGGCGCCCACGAUGCCGAGCACGUGGGUGCCGUGGAAGCUGCAGUUGUCCCUGGCGUCCGGGAACUCUCCGGUGAUGUCGACCGAGUACGCGAUCUUGGUUUGGCUGAGCCCGUGGACGGACGUGUCGAAGCCCGAGUCGACCACGGCUAUUUUGACACCAGCGCCCGUGAUGCCUGCGUUGUGGAGGCGGUCGACCUUGCCCAUCUUGUGCGUGGAAAAGCCGUCGACCGACGAUCCGUUGGCAACACGCAGGCUUUGCUCAAGCUCGUCCCUUUUGCUGCGCUCCCGGCCCCUUGCACCUUGGCCUGGCAACGCCAUCUGGUGCUUGACGAACGCGACCGGCCAUGCUUUGUGGACGCCUCGUGCCUCUUGGAUGACCGCGAGCACUUUGAGCUGGUCGAGGCUGUCGUCGCAUUUCAAGUCGAACGAAGCUCCGGUGAAGUGUGGCGAGUCGAACGUCCUCCGAUGACUCGCCUGGCAGCUUGUCCCGAGCUGGGCUACCUGAUUAGCAACCUCACCAAGGAAGUCGCCUUGUCGAGCCUGCGAGUACUCCAAUCGCGGGCCGGCGAGCGAGGGCCAUUGCGAUGUAGCACAGCACAGCACACAUUCGACGGCGCGUAUGGCUCUAGUCAUGAGUAUGCCAAGUCGGCGACGUUCCUGGUCCAAAGGUUCCCACCCAAGCGACCAGAUGCCGCCGAUGGAGCACGCAUGACGCAACCCUCCGUUCUGAGGGGGUUCGACAUUCGCAAGCCCGCCGGCAUUCCCACGAUUUUUUCGGAGCAAACCUGGAGCUGGGAUAUACUGGCUUUGGUCCCCUGA